CAAAUUAAGCACACCCACCAUUCCCAUUAUUACUAUUAUUACCCUCAUUUAAUCCAUCAAUCAAUUAAUGGCUCCAAGAUUGAUGCAAAUCCUUUUGAUCUUUGCCCUUGUUUGGAUGUUUAGUAGUAGCAACAUGGAAACAAUGGCACAGACUUCAAGCAAUUCAUGCACUUCAGAGCUUGCAAAUUUGGUGCCAUGUUUAAACUACAUCACAGGGAAUGAGUCAAAACCAUCAAACUCAUGUUGCACUCCUCUUGCUUCUGUUGUUCAAUCUCAACCUCUGUGCUUGUGCUUGCUCCUCAAUGGUACUUUCUCUUCAUCUGGCCUUACCAUUAACCAGACUCGGGCUCUCGGACUUCCAGGCUUAUGCAGCAUCAACACUCCGUCGACUAGUCUUUGCAAUGCUAGUGGAGGACCUUCAUCUUCCCCAAACUCACCUUCAACUCCAACUACUCCAUCAGGCGGAGGAUCAAAUAGCGUUAUUCCAUCAGGAACAGGGUCAUUAAAAGGAAGUUGGAUUCAGGCACCAUUAACUCUCAUCAUCUCCAUCAUCCUUAUUGUUUCUUAUUCUACUCAAUCUAUGAAUUUCUUGUAAUUUUUUUUUUUUCAUUUUUAUCCUCAUUUAAUUUUGGUUUCAGGGGUUGAUUUUUAAUUUUAUUUUUUGUAUGAGAUUUAUAUUGUUCUUGUUAUUCUUGUCUAUGUUGUUUGUUGUACUUCAUGUAUGAAUAAAACAUCCUCCUUCUAGUUUGUUUA